CUAGAAGCAAUAGCUAAUAAGGUGUGCAUGGAAAUACAUCUGGGAAUACUAGUAUGUACUUCCAGUUUUAUAUGCUGCUAAUUCUUAGGAGGACAGGAAACAAACACAGUGGUUAGCAGCCAAAAGCGCUGAAUUUACAGGGAUUUCUAACUGGCUUCAGAUAGCUCCUGGAACUUGACUAACAAGGCAAACACCAUGAUUCUAAAAGUUUAUACAAGCCUUUGGCUCUUAUUCUUGGUCAAUUCUGUGUGGACUCGAUCUGUGAGACAAGUUUAUGAUGACCUGGAUCCUGACCAUUGGUCUCACUAUACUUCUGAGUGUCCACAGGAGUGCUUUUGUCCUCCCAGCUUCCCCAAUGCAUUAUACUGCGAUAAUAAAGGACUUAAGGAAAUACCUCCAAUUCCAGCGAGAAUUUGGUACCUCUAUCUUCAAAACAAUGAAAUUGAAACACUUUCAGAGAAGCCUUUUAUGAAUGCCACUCAUCUGAGAUGGAUAAAUCUGAACAAGAACAAGAUCACAAACAAUGGAAUUGAGAGUGGUGUGCUGAGCAAGCUGAAAAGACUGCUUUACUUAUUCCUGGAAGAUAAUGAAUUGGAAGAGGUGCCUGCCCCAUUACCAGUGGGUCUGGAGCAGCUAAGACUAGCUAAAAACAAAAUCUCCAAAAUCCCAGAAGGAGUCUUCAGCCACUUGGAAAACCUUACUAUGUUAGACCUGCACCAGAACAGUUUGUUGGACAGCGCUCUUCAAAGUGACACCUUCCAAGGACUCAACAACCUCAUGCAACUCAACAUAGCAAAAAACUCACUUAAGAAAAUGCCUCUAAGCAUUCCAGCUAAUACACUGCAGCUGUUUUUGGACAACAACUCCAUCGAAGUCAUACCAGAAAACUACUUCAGUGCCAUACCCAAAGUGACUUUCCUUAGGCUGAACUACAAUAAAUUAUCUGAUGAUGGUAUCCCCCCAAAUGGGUUUAACGUUUCAUCUAUUCUAGACCUACAGCUGUCUCACAAUCAGCUCACUAAAAUUCCACCAAUCAAUGCUCACCUUGAGCACCUUCAUCUUGAUCACAACAAAAUCAAAAGUGUCAAUGGCACUCAAAUAUGCCCAGUUUCCAUUGCCCUAGAGGAAGAUUAUGGUUAUUAUGGCAACAUCCCUCGGCUCCGAUACCUUCGUCUGGAUGGAAAUGAAAUUCAGCCUCCAAUCCCGUUGGACAUCAUGAUUUGUUUCCGACUACUUCAAGCUGUUGUUAUAUAAAGAUAUUGCAGUGUCACUCUUGUACUGCAGGAGUGCUAAGAUAUGAGUUUUGCUGGAAUGAAAUUUGUUCUAACUCAUAAAUCAAGAAGUACCAGCUUUAUUUGACUUUAUUUUUUUCUUUGCUUGUAUCUUUUCUAUGACUGAAAAAGUUUUUCUUUCAGAAAGGAUUUUGUAUGGACGUGAAACAUGUCCUUAAACUCAUAAUGUGAAUAUAUUGAAAAUCAUUGGUGUAAGAUCCCAAAUAUUCCAGAGAAAUUUCUUGCCUACUCCAUCUUUCUUGUCAAAUGUGACAAUGCCUACCCUACUAACAUUAUUCCUAUAGACAAGUUAUGUGUCCUUAUUUUGUUAUAUAGAAGCUAACACAAUCAAUUUGGGUGCAGUUGGUCAAAUGCAUACACUAAUAAAAUCAUGAGCUGCAUGAUUUCUAGUUAUCAGAACUGCUACUGGCAUUUCAGAUAGUGAGUCGUGGUGAACAACCACUGAACAUGCAAAUAACCCAUAAAUUGCUGUCAUCCUUUGAAGACUAAUACUUUUAAGGCAAAAAGUACAUGAGGCUUAACAUCCAAAGCACUAUACUGAAUAUAUAUCACUGUAGGGUUUCAUUCAGUGAUUUUCAGAACUGGUAUAAACUAAUCCAACUCAAAUCCAGGGGCAAGAUAACAUGAGAUGUAAUCUUGUUUUCUCAAAGGCCCAGUUUUCUUCUGUUUUAUUCAAUUUCUAGAUGUUUUUUCUGCAGUUUUGGGAUUGUCAUUGAAUAUUUGGUUAAUUUUAGUUUGCAGAGAGAUACAACCAAGAAUUGUAAUGAUUACAUAUUUCACAGACUAGGUACUUCAUAAAAAUUUGAAUUGCUAGUUAAUGCAACGGUGAUAAAGAGAAACAAGACAUACAUCCCCUCCCAAUUAUUUACUGAAGUAGGAAAACACUUGCGUAGUAAUUGUAUCAUUUAAGCAAAUACAAUCAACUCUGAGCAGUAUUCAUCUCCUAAUUCACAUACAUGCAAACAAUAAUACUGGAUUUUAUAGAAGUCCAGAUUAUUAGAACACAAUACAUUAGCAAUUCACAAGGGAGAUAUCAGAAGGAAACUUUUUAUGAAACAUGGUUGAUUUUAUCAAAUCUAGUUUAUUUUUUCUAUUUCAUAAUAUUGACAUUUCAAUAAAUUACUUCAAUAUUAGAGUGUACUAUUCACUGAGACAGUAUGACAUUUCUGCUACCCAGCACAACAGACUAUCCAUCAGUCAUUAUUUUAAUCUUCUUGCAUCUCUAGAUAGAAGCAAUUAGUUGCUCUAUCCAUCUAUUUCUAACAUUUUAAGACUGGCCUCAGUAGCAAGCAUUUAAAGACUAUGCACAUGGUACAAUUUUUGCUUUGCAGAUUAGGUAUUUUCUUAAAAGUAUACAUUUAAAAGUGUUGAGAACUGUAAUUUCUGACAGUCAAUCCUUUUUAACUGAAAAUCAGGCCUUAUUCUGCUCCAGAGAACUUGUGGAAAAAGCCUAGUAUAGAAACUCGGCAUAGGAAUAACCCAUUCAGAAAUCUGAUCUCUAAACCAUUUAUUUUUUGCUGUUCUUUUUAUGUGAUUCCUGAGAAAUUCCUGCCCCUCUAACAAAAGUAUUUUCUGUACCUCUGUGUUCACCCCAUAUAAAAAAAAACAACCAUAUUUAAAGAUUCUUUACAAUAUAUAUGCAUGUUUAGCUAUGUUCUUUA